AACAUGUUAUUGGCUUAUAGGUAUCAGCCAGUAUUUUUUACAUCGUUUCAUGUCUAAAUUUUAUAUAUGUUCUGUUACUGAACAAAUUACUUCGCUUAGAUUUUUUUUUUCCCCUGAGCUUAUCGCAAUUCAUUCUGGGACAACCUUCUCCGUUAUGGAUUCAUGUAAUGCUGCUUUAAAAAAAGAGCCAAAUGAGGUAUUUAAAAACAGCCUGUAUGCCAUAAAAUGUUGCCUACGUAGGCAGCUCACUAGGUUUGGAACAGAGCCACACUCUUUUUGUGCCCUUUUCCCAGUAGUCCCCUAUCCACUUUCAUCACAGAGCACGGCAUCAAAUAUGAAUGAAAACAUGCAACUCCGACACAGUGCUUAAAUAGAACCAGAAGCAUCUCCGCAGGGACUGACAGAUGCAGCCGAGACUGUGCUGCCAUCGCAGGAUGGAGGGAAAAGCUGGAUGGAGAGAAUGACAAGAAAACAAAAGAAAGAGUGCAACCCCACUCUCCAGGGAGGAAAGGGUUAACCCCAUUACGACAAACCAAUCAGAGGAGGGAGCAACACUGCAAAACCGCCGCAGUGAGUGAGAGAGGGAGACUAAGAUAGAGAAGGAACGAAUGAGAGAGAGAGAGAUGGGGACAAGAGAGGAUGAGGAGGCGCAACGGCAACACUUCAACGCAUCACAGUUUGAAGAGAGCGUGUAGGAUCAAGGCAGAGGAAAAGCAGCAAGACAGAGUUAGCAGGACAGUAGAUCAAAGUCAGGGGACGUCUGUUUCACUCCGCUGGCACCGCUGACAGUUCACACGGACAGCACUUGAUUCAUGCUCCUCAGGGGGAAGCAGGUUCACGACACAAUGACAUGCAACGGCUGCAAAAGUGUGUGCAGAAGAUGCACUUGUGGAUCUCAGAUGAUGCUUUGGUGAAGCUGUAGCUGUUGCACGACAGAUGAGAACUCCGGGAGCGCAAAGGCAGGAUUGAAGGAUUAAAGAGCUGAAGAAAACUGCUUCCAAAGUGCAGUGCAGAGUCUCUCCGGCCUGCAAGGACAUUCCCUAGAGUGGAUUUCCCAGGUGAAGUCAUUCCUUUGCACACUACGGAUGCAGAGUGGUUUUAUAAUGUGCUUCAGACAACACUGACGACGCAGCCUAAAGGUCACCUUCUGUGAGGGGACAGGAAAUUAGAUUUCCAACACCCAGAAUGCACCACCCCCUCAUACUGACCUAAACAAUUUUGUGACCUUGGAUGCUUUGGCAGAUGGCACAUGCAAAUCGGCAAAUCAAUGUGGAUUUAUCACUUUCUAGGGCCCAUAAAAAUGCAAUAACGGGAAUACAUCAGUGUUGAAGGAACGGUGUGAGACCAGGUUACUGGAUUUCUUCAUCCUAAUGGUAUCGAGGGAGAUUAACACAACUUCCCAACCCUAAUGUGGAUAUAAUAAUCAAUCAAAACAAUCGUGUUCAGUUGUCUCUGAAUCACUCGCCAUUUUCUUAGGACUCUUAAACAAACAAGAGCGAAACCUCUGAAAGAGAACGAGAAUGACACCUCUUUGUUAGUUCUGGACAUGGCUAGGGAUCAAACAUAUUGUUUGGUUUUGUAAAAACUAAAGAAACUGCUGCCAAAUUGUCCUCUCUGAACGCUAAGCGAAAAAAUCACUUGGAUUACGAGGAUCAAGAAGCGCAGAAUACUUCCUUGAAAGGCCAUGCCUAAGGCUGAUGUACAAGUUGUACAACUUCCAGAUUAUCUUGACUCGACUGCUGACUCCCGAGGCUGAGAAAGAAGCUGGAAGGGGAAGGGAUAAUGCACGUCCCUCCCGCAACGGAGGAAGAAAGCACCAUGAGUAACGUUACAGUCCUCGACAUCACAGAGUCCGUGAGUCCCGCCAUGACGGUGGCCAGCCCUUACCCUUACACACUCAGCUUCCAGGUGUCCCUGACCGGAUUCCUCAUGCUGGAGAUCGUCCUGGGAUUGAGCAGCAACCUUACCGUACUGGCCCUCUACUGCAUGAAGUCCAACCUGGUCAAUUCUGUCAGCAACAUUGUCACCAUGAACCUCCAUGUGCUGGAUGUGUUGGUGUGCGUUUGCUGCAUCCCUCUGACCAUUGUUGUGUUGAUGCUAUCGUUGCAAGACGACACGGUGCUCGUCUGCUGCUUUCAUGAGGCCUGCGUGUCCUUUGCAAGCGUGGCUACGGCAGCAAACGUACUAGCCAUCACUUUGGACCGAUACGACAUCUCCGUGAAACCAGCCAAUCGUGUGCUGACUAUGGGACGAGCGGUAGCUCUGUUAGGUUGCAUUUGGGUGCUGUCCUUUCUCAGUUUCUUGGUGCCAUUUAUCGAGGUGGGAUUCUUGGGACCGGAGCCCACCAAAGCCAAUCAGACCACCGUUGUCCACGUCAACGAAUAUUACACUGAACUUGGUCUGUACUACCACCUAGUGGCCCAAAUCCCCAUUUUCUGUUUGACUGCCAUCAUCAUGCUAGUCACGUACACCAAGAUCCUACAGGCACUCAACAUACGCAUUGGUACACGCUUCCACGCUACACAGAAGAAGAAGAAAAAGAUGAGGAGGAAAAAUAACUUUUCCCUUAUGUCAACAUCUGAGCAACAGCUGCCCGAGAUCACGGACGCCUCGCAGAGCAGCAACCGAGGAAAUGCUCCGCUUGGCAUGCGCACAUCCGUCUCGGUGAUCAUCGCCCUGCGAAGGGCCGUCAAACGACACCGUGAGCGACGUGAGCGCCAAAAGCGCGUUUUCCGUAUGUCGUUGCUCAUCAUCUCCACGUUCCUCCUCUGCUGGACGCCCAUCACUGUUUUAAACACUGUGAUCCUCAGCGCAGGCCCCAGCGACCUCACCGUCAAGCUCCGAAUGGGUUUUCUGGUCAUGGCCUACGGCACCACGGUCUUCCAUCCUCUCUUGUAUGCCUUCACGAGGCAGAAGUUCCAGAAAGUCUUGAAAAGCAAAAUGAAGAAACGGGUGGUUUCCAUCAUCGAAGCAGAUCCGCUGCCGAACAACGCGGUGAUUCGAAACUCCUGGAUUGAUCCCAAACGGAAUAAGAAAGUGACGUUUGACGAUCACGAAGCCAGGCAGAAAUGCCUAUCAUCCGAAGAUGCAGACUGAAACUACUUUGCGACCUCCAUAACAGGGAGUAGCUCACAUUAAAGCACUGUUAUACAAAAAGGGAACCGUGUUAUGUGAAUAUUAGUCUUACAUGAGCAGAUAUCGAAGAAUCGGUAACUAUUUAUAACAUGGAAUAUAAUAUGAUAGGUUCCAUAGAUUGAUGCUAUUGCAGUAACAUGGCGCAUGUCCUUUAUAAACCACUGUAUGUACUGUAAAUACAUGAAAACUGAGAUUUGUACAUACUCUUUAUCAGUAAUAUUCCAUAUUCAUGACUUGUAGCCUGUGUAUACAUGUAUUUAUAAUAAAUACAUAGGUGGGGAAAAAGAUGAAA